GUUAAGUCCAGAAAACACACUUCUACAAGAUGAAGAUGAUUCUGUGUUUAAGUAAAACUCGAAUACGCACACGUGUUUCGAGUUUUCUUUCGUUUGGUUUAUUCCGGAAAUCGAAGCCUGGCUGUGUGUCUAACUAAUCUCAAACGAAAAAAAAAAUGGACACAAGGUGUUCGACACAAUUCCCCAAUGGUAUCAAUAAUGGGUCUCCAGGUGUUUUCUUUUUCCAUCACGUGGCUCUCACGUGGCUUUUAAGUUGCUGUUAUAUUCUGUUAUCUUCCCGCGAAGAAAGAAAACAAAAAAUCAAACUCUCCAAGAAAGCUGCAAGAAUCCUUGAGAAUCGUCUCCAAUGGAGCGUACGUUCCUCAAAGACGCUAAGGUCAUCAAACUCUACGAGAAGGUCAAAAGCCUCCGCGAGAAUGGAGAUCACAGCAAGGCCAUGGAGACAAUUGACGAGAUGGUUUCAGUCCACGGGGAAGACAAGAACUCAUGGUUGCUUCGUAUAGAACAGAGUGGUGUAUUCAUGGACUUAGCGGGAGAAGCCCGUAACGCAGCAGCCGACAACGUGGAGGUCUUGUACAUGUUGGGUUCUCUAGGAUGCGUCACUGAAGAUGUGAGGUUAUCCUUAUCAUCGCUUUGUGCGCGUCUACUCCUCAUAUUGGGUAAACGCCUUGGGUCAGCAUUGUAUUUGAAGGAAUGUGUUCGCAGUGGUAAACAUGGUCUAUCUGCUGCUUCAGUAGACGUCUCAUCGGAUCCUGCUGCUGUUCGUUGGCUAAAAGUCGAUGCCGUGGAUAAGAAAGAGUUUGAGCCUUUAAUCAAAGAGGCAGAGUUGUUGAUAGAUGAGCUCAAGACUAUGGAUGUAGAAAUCGAGAUGCCGGAGGAAGUUUGUGAUGCAAAGAAGAGUACAGAGCUGGUUGAGGAUAGGGUUAGUGAGCUGAGGUCGUAUUGGGUGGGUUUAGAUGUUAAGGUGAAGAGAGAUUUUUUGAAAGUGAGCAUUGAGAAGCUUACAAGUUUUGUCCGGGGAGUGCACAAAAGCAAGGGACUAGAUGUUUUGAAACACGUUCUCGAUACUGCUAGGGGACAGAAGAAAUGGACAGUAUGGGUGUGUCGAACUAAAUGUGAUGAGGUGUGCUUUAGUGCUGAACAGUGCAGGACUCAUCUUGAGGAGAAACAUGCUGCGGAUUUUAAACCUUCUUCGGAAGAGGAUAUGGUCAUGAGGAUAGGGAGAAACUGGGUUAAUAAGAUAAGGGAUGGGGGAUGGGAGCCGGUGGAUACAGUAGUUGCGGUUGAAAUGAUCAAAACUCAGCUCGAAGAUGUGAAAGCGUUUACAACUAGAUCUAGGAAGAAAGGGUGGUCAAACCAGUGGCCUUUAGCUUUGGAUGAAGAGCGGAGUGGUUUACUCAAGGAAAUCAAGUUACUCCUUGUGUCUCUCUGUGAACAUCAGAUUCUCUCCUGCAGUAUUCGAGACUGGGUGAUGCGUUUUCUUGUUAAGCAUCUUGGAGAACAUGAAGUUUCAGAACAGAGUCUUAAGGAUUGUCACCUAGUGGAAACACCACAAAGCAUCUGUUUUCUUGAACGUGAUGAGCUUAAAAAAAUCCGAGGUUUUCUAAAGAAGAUCAAGUGUGAAAGGCUUGAUGGUACAGAUCAUGUUUGCAGAGCAGUGGACAGUCUGUUGGAUCGUAUUCGAAUUAAAGAAAACAUCGACGCUGACGAGCAGUUUUCAUUCCUUCUUCUGGAUAAAAGACUGUUGAAAAGCAAUAAUGCUGCUUUUGAUGGUGAUGAUGAUGGGAAAAUCAAACUCAUUAAGGAUCCCGUUAGUCACUACACCAAGGCACAGGCUCAGGGAGAUGAUAUGAUAUCCUGGUUAGGUGACCACUCUUCAGUAGAUAAAAGCUUUCCAAAACCUAUCAGGGAACACAAUCUUGGGAUCUGGGUGGCUGUUCUGAGAGCUGUUCAGUAUACAUGUAGAACACUGGGAACCAAAUAUGCAAAGAAAAAGCAGGUCUUAGAUUACGAAGCAGCUCUUACUUUAGUGGAGAACUUGUGUAUGCUUGGAGAUGAAAGAAGAGGGAACGUUGAGGACGAUCAACGGAGCAGCUAUGUAUCUCUUCUCUGCGAUAGAUUCAAGGAGAGAGUCCCUGAAAGUUCCGUCCCUAUAAAUUUGUUCUUGUGUGCAGUACGAGAUGUUUUACACGGAGCAUUGCAUCCGGCAUUUGAUAUUCCCGACUUAGAAGAUUGCCUGAAUCUUAUAUACCGCGAGCGUAAAAAUCUCGGCAGUUAUACAGUGUUGAGGUCUAUUAACGUUCUGAAAUCAGCGGUCACCGAAAAGGUUCUGCUGAUCGAUGCAAAGAUAUUGCUGAUUGAUAAUUCAAGGAUCCGAUUGCUAAACAACCUCACAAAGCUUUCUGCUUUUGACAACCGCUCUUAUAUGCUUCAUUUUCUGAAACCUUUCUUGCUGAAUGAAAUUGUAAUUAUGAAAUCCAAAGUCAAGUCAGAUGCAGCAGAAGCAGAUCUAUUACUCAAAGAGGGGAAGAACUCACUCAAAGAGGAGAAGAAGUCACAAGCCAAAAAGCCGGAAAAAGAUAAAAGCAUUAAGAUAACUUCAACGAGCAUGGCUAGUGUUGUUGAUAAGACCGUUGAACAUGAACCUUCUGUCAAACUUGAACCGGAAGAAGAUGUUAAGGAACCAGAAAGAGGUCGAUUGGAAACUUCAUCCAACACUGACAUUCAAGUGGAAGCUACUACAGUUGACCGUGAUGAUAUGCAAAACAAGCCUGGAGAAGCUACAGUGCCGACAAAUUUGGAGUCAGCUCUUGACAUGACGCUAAAGAAUGAAUCCAAAUCCAAGUCAGAUGCAGCAGAAACAGAUCUUUUACUCAAAGGGGAUAAGAAGUCACAAGCAAAAAAGAAGAAGAAACCUAAAAACACUAAGAAAACUUCAACGAGCAUGGCUAGUCCCGUUGAACACAAACCUUCGGUCUCCCUUGAAACGGGAGGUACAUCUCAAUCACCAAAAACAAUGGAAGAAGAUUCCAUGGAACCAAAAGAUACUCUAGGAAGUGAAAAGGGUCCACUGAAAAUUCCAUCCACCAAGGACAUUCAAGAGGAAGCUACUAAAGUUAACUAUGGUGAUACGCAAAACAUGCCUGGAGGAGCUGCAACUAGAUAUAAUUCUGUCUCUGGAAAUUUGGAGUCAGCACCCGGAGGAGCUGCAGCUAGAUAUAAUUCUGCCCUUGACAUGACUCUGAAGGCCCUCGUGAACAUAAAGGUUCUUAAAGAAAAUGUUCUAAAGUACAAAAAGCAACCAGUUGAUGACAACCUGGAAGAACAAGUUCUAUGUGCCCUACAAAGUUUGUUUAGUGCUGUUGUGUCUGAGGAAAUAAAAACUAAGGGAGUCUACAGUCUCAUCUUGAGAUACUUACACGUAUCCUUAGAAGAAGUUAAUUCCAUGUCUUGUGGUGCUGCUGAGUUACUUGUAGCCAUCCUUGAGUUUUGGCAUUGCUGGGAAAAUUCAGAAAGAGAAAGCUUGACGAAUUGCCUUUUUACAUUGGAAGUAAAUGAAAGAAUGAGUUGUAGAAAAUGCAGAAAGAUGCCAAAUUAUCCAGAGGAGAGUUCUUAUGGCAUUGUUACGGCUGCAGAUUCAGUCAGAAACGUUAAGUGUGCUUUUGGGGAUAUAAAAUUUGUGGAUAUCCUUAAAGUGACCCGCAUGAAUUAUAAAAUGUUAUGUGACACUAAAACUGGAGGCUGUGGAACGACAAAUUUUGUUCAUCACGUUAUAAGCAGAUGCCCACCUAUCUUCACAAUCGUGUUAGAAUGGGAGAAGAGUGAAACUGAAAAGGAAAUAUCAGAAACGACAGAGGCUUUAGAGUGGGAGAUAGAUAUCAGCAGGCUGUACGAAGGCUUACAACCAAACACUAAUUACCGGCUUGUGUCUAUGGUUGGUUAUGGUGAAGAAGAUGAAGAGCACAUAUGCAUGGCUUAUGAAAAGAACCAGUGGGUCAAUCUCAGACGUGAGUCUGUAGCAGGAGAGGUUGUUGGCAGCAACUGGAAGAAUGUGGUCAGAUUCUGUGGUGAAAGAAAAGUUCGACCAGUGAUUCUGCUUUAUGAAAGCUGCCAGAUAUCCAUGAUGAUGGCCUAAUAAGUGUAAAAGAAGUUAUGUUUCUGUUUCAUAGUAUUUGUCAAUGAUGAAGCCCAUUUUGUAGCCACAUACAUGAUGAACGAUAAUCUCAUGAACAAAAACCAAGAUUUUUAAGGA